AUGGGCGUCUCAAUCGUAUCCCAGAAAACACUCAGGUCACUCUCCGAAUCCCAUCCUUCUAUUUCCACACUGCUCUCUCACCUCUCCGUUUCCCGUUCCGAUCCCUCUCGCAAACCCUCCGAAAAUCCGCUCUCCGAUUCAUUCCCGACUCCAUUUCCCCUGUAUUCUUUCAUUCUCUCAAUUGGGUCCUUCUUCUACCUCUCCGAAGGUAAAGCUGGCAGCUUUAGAAGCUCACAGUCGAAUCCCUCCACCGAUGGGUCGUCGUCUUGGAUGUGCUCAGAAUCACUAGGGUUCAGUCGGCGCAAUCGCUACAGUUCGAGUGUUCUGAAUCCUGUCACUCAUGGCGGCUGCUUCCGAUGUUACUCGGCAUCUGCAUCGGCUGCUGAUGAUCCCGAGUCGCGGAGAUCUCUUGCUAAGGUCUUUCGGCAGAAACCAAAGUUAAUACCGUUCUGGAAUAUUGUUGCAUUGGUCAGAAAUGGCGAUGGCGAUUUGGAUUCGGAGCUUGAUUCGAUGAAUCUAAGUUUGGAUUUUAAGUCCGCCAGGGAGAUUCUUCGUGUCCUCAAUCAAGACAAGGUAUCAGCUUUAGGUUUCUUUGACUGGCUUCAAGAUACUCACCAUGGUCUGAUGCGCAACUCCUGUCUUUGUAACUUAAUGAUCGACAACUGCGGUCGAUGUGAUGAUUAUGAAACCAUGCGUAGUCUCUUAGUUCGUUUCAGUUCGGAAGGCAUUGCUCUGACCAAAGAAGCAUUUCAGUUCUUAGCUUUGAGGUUUAGAGAUGAAGGUGUUUCGGUGGAAGAAGCUAUACGAACUGUAGUGCGUAUAUUGGAAGAGGUUAAGGGUGGAGUUUAUGCAACUGGGAUGCAAUCCUUGAUUGAGAUGCUCGCCAGCUCGGUGUCUUUUGAUAUGGCCAAGCUUGUGAUCAGGUUAAGUGAUAUGAGGGUGUCUUAUUACAGCAUACUGAUAAAGGAAAUGUGUAAGAAGCAGGAGUAUCAAAAAGCGAGAGACGCGAUGGGGGAGAUGAGGGAAGCUCAUAGGGAUUAUACUAUCGAUUUUGAACGCCAUAUUUACAAUUACAUGAUUAGUACGAUGUUGAAGGCUGGCCAGGAAGAUUCAGCUCACGAAGCUCUGCAGGAAAUGAUGAGCAAAGGGUGCCCUCCUGAUGCAUUGACUUUUGAGAUAUUUAUAUGUGAUUGUGUGGCGAAGGAGAGAUUCAGUACCGGGAUAAAGUUCUUCGAUCAUAUGGUGGAAGCUGGCAUUGAACCGAGGCAAUCGACACAUGCUGCUGUUAUCAAGUUGUUGUUCAACGUCGAGCAAUACGACGAGGCUUACAAGUACGUGGUUUCAGUGAGUGAUAGGUUCAAGAAUUCGGGUAAUCAGGCUUACAGCACGCUUGCAGAACUCCAUAGGAGGAAAUCCAAUCUGGUGACUUCCAAAGACAUUCUUUGCACAAUGAUGAAUAAGGGUCUAGCGCCGGAUCCUAAUAUUUAUGGGACAGUUUUGAGAAGCCUCAAAUCGUCUCGGUGGAAACAACAGGCCACGGAUUUGGAAAACCAGUAUAAGAGGCUUCAGUUAGCAGCUUAG